AUGUACCAGAACCCGUGCCCUGACCUUGGUCAGCAGGGCCAGGACGACUUCAACAUCCCCAAAGGCUCUGAGACCAACAUCCCAAACAACCACGAGGAGGUCGUCAGUACACCCCUGGCGACACUCCACUGCUUCGAAGACGGACUCAGGAGCCAACUUACUGCCGAAGAAAACUUCGUCAACUACCACAACCUGCCAACUGGCGACUACAGAACCGUCACAGCAGUCCCCACAUGCGUCAAUACUGCAGCUUCGCAGGAUCCAGAGGACGAUCCCUACCACGUCCCAAACAUCUUCGACCUCAGCGAGCCACAAGAAGAAGCCGAGGAAGAGGUUACUCUCGAGUUCGAUCCACCGCUCACCCACUAUGCCGAGCUGAGAGGCGAUCUUCCUCUUGGAUACGUCUGGCUUCCACCGAGUUCUCCCGAGCCCAUGCCGUGCGAGGCUACACCUGAGCAAGAAGUGGCUGCGCCUGUCACUCCAGAGAACCAGACCAGUGUCAUGGCUAGUGGAAAGAUCAAAAACAGGAAGAAAGUCAAGUCUGGGAAGCCCGAAGUGAGGAAGAAGAGGCAGAAGCGGGAGACGACUGCAGAGUACCAGAAGCGCUUCACUAGCCCGUUAUCUGAGGAGUUGUCUGAUGCGCCCGAUGGUCUCUUGCCAAUUGAGACAAGGAGAAAGCUGUUUCAAGACUAA